UCUCUCUCUCUCUCUCUCUCUCUCAGUUUAACGUAUCACUGAGAGCCCUCCAUCUCUCGCCUCGCCGCCGCCGCCGCCGCCGCCGCCUUCUCCUUCUCCUUCUCUAGCUCUCUUGGUAUUUCAACUAUUGCUUCUGUCUAAUCUGUAGCAAGAAUCCGAACUCAAAUCCCUGCUGCUUCCUAAGACUCACCAAAAACCUUAGCAAAUCCGUGUGCAGGAACUGAGCUGUACUCGAGAGAUCACACCAUGCAAGCCAAUGAAGGCACCACUUCCAUGGAGGUUGAAAAAGUUAUCCCUGAACCAAAGCCUGCAGCCUUUCCAUCAAAGCCAACCUUUAAGCCUUUGAAAGCGCAUGAGAUAUCUGAAGGUAAAGUUCAAUUUCGGAAGGUUUCAGUUCCACCGCAUCGGUAUACGCCCCUAAAGAAAGUAUGGAUGGAAAUUUAUACUCCAAUAUAUGAGCAAAUGAAGAUUGACAUCCGCAUGAAUCUCAAGGCUCGCAAGGUUGAAUUGAAAACCAGACAAGAGACACCUGAUAUUAGUAACCUCCAAAAGUGUGCAGAUUUUGUCCAUGCAUUCAUGCUUGGGUUUGAUGUGGUAGAUGCUAUCGCCCUUUUGCGUAUGGAUGAACUUUAUGUUGAAUCCUUUGAGAUCAAGGACGUAAAAACCCUUCGAGGUGAGCACUUAUCUCGUGCUAUUGGUAGGCUAUCCGGGAAAGCAGGGAAAACUAAGUUUGCCAUUGAGAACUCUACAAAGACUCGGAUUGUGAUUGCAGACACCAAGAUUCAUAUAUUGGGGUCUUUUGCAAACAUCAAAAUUGCAAGAGAUUCUCUCUGUAGCCUUAUUUUAGGGUCUCCAGCUGGGAAGGUGUAUUCAAAACUAAGGGCAGUUACUGCCAGAUUGGCUGAAAGGUUUUGAUCUUCAUAUUCGCCAUUGUUUGGGGCUUUGUCCCUGAUUUUACAUUCCAUAUUUGCUGUACUACUGUAGUUGCCAGAGACAUGUACUUGAUUUGAUUUCUGCUUCCUACAUGCAUCAAAUCAGUCAAGUUGGCUCUGGGUGCAAAUUUUGGUAAUCAUUGUAUUCAGGUGGGUUUUGGCAUUUGAACCAUGCUUGUCGAACUGGGUGAUGGCAUUCAGUAUUUUCAGUUUCCUUGAAAUACCUUGUGAUUAGAACUUCGUAGCUUGAAGUUAAUAUCAUGAUUUGAAAUGGGUGGUCUUUGGUAGUA